AGAAAGAAAACAUUGAAAAAUCCAUCAGCUGAUUAUUGUGAUUAUGUUACAUCAUGUGUGACUGAAAAAGUCCCUAAGUUUUGGUAAUUAGUGUAAUUUUUCAGUGCAAUCAUUUAUCAUACCCUCUGAUUGAGGUUCCCAUAGUGUACACUAAUUACAUUUAUAUCCUUUGUGCCCUCUGAAAUGAGGAAAUGAGUGACCCCUGAUCUGAAAUUCUAACCUCAACAUGGCAGGUAUGAGUGGCAUGGGACCUGAAGUGUAUUUUGGUCCAAGAUAUCCAAAAGGAUGGGAGGGAGUCGAAGUAACAUACAGCCAGCAAGCAGGAGCACCUCCACGCUCUUGCCCUCCACUCGCUUCAUUCCCUACCUCAAGAAGAAUCAAUCAGUUGUCAUCGCCGAUCGAUGAAGGUAAUACAAAGAAGUACAUCAGUGCUGGAUUAAGAUUUGUCUCCGUUGCAGCAGAGCAUUUAUUAACAUAUCCGUUUGUUGUCCUCAGACGCCAGUGCCAAGUCCACCAUUGUUCCCGAUACUACCACUUACUACCGUUCUCAUUUGUGCCAGUAAUAGUACGGCUACACCAGAGACAAGGGAUAUCCUGUCUGUGGAAGGGCAUUGGCAGUGUAUUAAUUGUUCGAGGAAUAACACUGUUCGUGGAAGAUGUCUUGUCCAAGCUUACUCCACUUCCAAAGGAAGUUACUUGGAAUAGCUCACUCAAAACUUGGGGUCAACACAUCUUAUUAAAAUGCAUCAGCUUAGCGAUCGUAACCCCACUUUACUCUGCAAGCUUAGUUGAAACAGUCCAAAGCAAAAUUGCAAGUGAUGAUCCCAGUCCGCUGGCUCUUUUUGUUGAAGCCUUUGAUCGGUUUCUUGCAUGGGGUUGCCCUUACAAGGGCCGUAUGCUGCCUUUCUGGGCAUUGGUUGUACCAACAGUGUUGUUCGGAGCAAUUAAACACUACUUCAGUAUGGUGGUUCGAGAAGUAGCCAUAAGAAUUAUACAUUUAAAUCAGAAGAUAGAGCAGAGAAAACGGAGUUCUUUGUCCAACGAGUUACCUGCAGAGCAAUCAGUUCAAGACAUAGAAGUCACUGCAUCUGUGAUUGCUUUAAUUUCUUCUGAUGCAGUAUUUUAUCCACUUGAAACUAUUAUUCACAGAAUUCACCUUCAAGGCACUCGUACGAUCAUAGACAAUUUAGAUAAUGGCUUUGCAGUCAUACCUAUUCUGACGAACUAUGGAGGCGUAUUUGACUGUUAUGCUACCACUGUUUCAGAGGAAGGAACACUAGGUCUGUACAAAGGUUUUGGAGCGCUCAUCUUUCAAUUUAUGACUCACUGGGCAAUAUUGAAAGUUUCUAAAUUUGUCAUGAUCAACAUUGCUGAUGCAUUUGCCCCUCCUUUGCCCCCAUUACCACUAAAAACUCCCUCAAAACAGCCCCCUGCACCUUGCGGCGAUUUUGAGCCAGUACCAAGCACUUCAGGCUGUCAAAGCUUGCGACCGCCAAGAAGCACCACCGAAGGUUAUAGGUUACUUAGUUAAUUUUUUUUUAUUUUAUCUAUUACAAACUUCUCCUUGAAGAAAAAAAAAGAAUUUAUUACAUCUGAUGAGGUUUAGCCAUUUAGAAAGAUGCAUGCUUUAAAUGCCAUGUCAGCUCCAUAGGCCUGACACCAGAGUGUCUCUGUGGCGCUACGUGGAGCUCAUGAGGCUGACACUGUUCAUAUUGAUCUUAGACAAUGAUAUCAACAAAUGAUGACUGCAAGUGAACUCUGAGCUAAAAAUUUGUUUGACCCUGGCUUUAUAGUACUUUCAAUUGUUCAGCAAUUUUACGGUGUGUUUGUCCGGCGUCACAGAAAGAAACAUGAAAACUUAUCAGCAAGCAAAGUGUUAAGAUGAGCUGACUGUUUCUUCCUAUCAUGAGUUGCUUUUUUCUAAGCUUGUUUCAUGAUGAAAAAAUUUUCGAGCCAUCAUCAUGCAUUCUCAUACUCAGUCCAGUAGAAUUGGCUUUUGAAGAAUAUGAUGAUGACUGCUAGCUCUAGUGUCUUGUUUUGACUUACAACACAAUCAUUUGCAACGUAAACAUGAGGUCUAAGAAAGUGAUACAUUUUUUCUCUUCAAUUUCAUCUUUUUUCUCUUAAGAAUCAUCGAAACAGUGAAAGAAAAAUGCUCUCCCAUGAAAAUCGCUGAACUGGAAGUAUUACAUGUCAAAGAUAAUGAAAUUAACUGAUGAUACUUAUCUGAAUACCUUCGUCCAAGAAUCAGUUUUACCUGAGGGCAAAGCCGAACAUCUGUGAGAUUCAAUUUGUAAAGAAUCAUCGCAAAAUGCAUUUAAGUGGAGUGCAUUUUAUCAUUACCUUCAUUGAAUUAUAAUUGCCAAAAAUAUCACAUAGACUGUGUUGUCUCUCAGGUGUUUGGCUUUUAAUAUUGCAGUCCAUGUUGUCCUCAUGACUGAUAUCAUUUCCAAGAAAAGUUUUUUAAUAAUCUAAAGUCAACAUUAAAUUAUCUUUACCGGUGACAGAAGAGAGUGUAAGUUGUAUGCCCUAUAAAUCUCUAAUAACUUCAUUGAUUUUCUGUAAUUAUUGAUUUUCAUGUGGAGCAGAACAUUUAAGUUUUAACAUUAUGAGGAAGCAGGCCACUUUAAAAAUUUCUAUUUCUUUUUGAAACUACUCUUCUCAUUGAGAUAGCAAUUACACAGAUUUUCAAGAAAUGGCUUCACGUUUCAAUUUAAGAUGAUAGUGUGAUUGGAAAUUAUUAGAUUGAGAAACAAGUAUGUAUGUCUCUAGAAUUUAGUCACGAUUGCACCGUGAUUUAUUAUUAUGGAAUAAUUUUACCAACUCUCCAAUACGUAAAGGGAAUUCAUUUGCUAGAAUAAUUCAGUCUUAGUUAACAGACUAAUUUUUUAGAAAUCAGCAUUUUUUAUGGAAACCACUAUUGUACUCAAUGAGAAACCUUGGAAUUUUUCCAAGUUUCCUAUUCAGCCUCAACAGAACAAAUUGAUCAGUCGGUUCUCUGUAAUUCAUGGAAUAUUGUUAGAUUUUUACUAAAAAAAAUUUACUUUCUUUUUUCUCCAAUUCUAAAGAUAUCCCAUGUAAAAAAGUAAUUUUCUGCAUACAUAGAUACAAUCUGAUCAGCUGUAUUUGAGCUGUUAUAAAUUAAAAAUGGUGGAAUAUUCCUCUCUAUUAGGAGGUAACAGACCAUCCAUCAAAGGAAGUAACCUCGCUUUUUUAAAUUUUUGAUUUUCUACUUGUAAGUUAAAGAUUCAGUUUUUUCCCAUAGAGGACUCGAUUGUGUUUCUGAAGCGGAGCAGUCAAAAAUAUUGUAUCAUUUAGUGAAAUAGGCUAAUGAAUAACAGCAUUACUUACGGUUGGCUUAGACUGGAAAAAAGAAUAAUGAAUAAUUUACAACUUUAUUGCACUUUUAAACAUCAAGUAGUAUACAAAUGAUUGAUUUAAAUUUAACUAAAUUAUCGCAAAAGUAUAUAUUUUUAAUUUGUGAACAGUCAAAUCCUUUUUUAUUUUCAUUAUCAAACAAUGUAUCUGAAAUCUCCAGUAAAUGUUUAGUCAUUGACAGCAAAGUAAGUCAGAAAGUUCAUAUGUGUGCGCUGCUAAAUUCAAAGUUUUUUUCAAAAGCAGCUGCCUAAUAAAUAUGAGUAGCUCUGGGAGGUAGAUAAGAUUAUUAUUAUUAUUUCUUUUUUAAAAUACAUAUUCAAACAUGUACAUUUUCCAUAUUUUUUACCUAAAAACCAAUUCUCUUUUAAUAUAUAAUUGAUGUUGCUCAUCUCUUAGCUCCCUGUGAUCCUUGGGUACGUUUUUAGUUAGUAUGAAUGUACUCACCAAAUUAUCAUAGGGUUUAAACAACAUGGACCCGAAACCUUUUUUAAAAAGCACCUCUGUGUAGAAUUUAAUGAAAUUAAAGUAUGUUCCUCUCUUAAUCAUCCUCAACUCAAGACUUGCCAGGCUCUUGCAAAUUCGAUGUUCUAUUUUUGCAACACUCUUCUCUAAAAAUUGGUGAAAAUUAAGUCACUCUCUGCCCAAGUUGGUGGAAAAACGUUUCAACUAAGGCAAAAUUAUUGAGGUUUGUUGUUACACUACCAUUAGGUACCUCUUUUCACUGCGUCACGCAUCACAUCUUUAUUGGCAAAUAUUCCUCUCAGAAAAUUUAGUUUUUACCUGUUAAUUUUGCAUUUCUUUAUUUUUUCACUCACAGCGACUUGCUAUCAUCUAUUGUACAUUGUUUAAAACAAUGAUUUGUUUCUCCUUUCCCCCCUUUUAUCUAGUCACACCCUGUCCUUUUGCCUUUUGUGUAUUUCAGCUCUAAGUCUAGGGCCAGUCAAGGUUGAUCUACAGGUGAUGCAUUGCCAAAUUUUUCUUGCUAGUGCGCUGCUAAUAUAUUAAAAAAAAUGGCAAUUUAAAGCUCACUUUGUUGGGUUUAAAUUGAUAAAAGAAAAUACUUAAAUCUCAUCAAACCCUGCCAGAGACUUCAACCCAUAUGCUGUCUGCACUCCCUUUAGAAUUCACAAAUUCUUCAAUUAUUAACUGUCGUUGUCUCUUUCUUUUCUAAAAUUCUGAGUUGUUAAACGUAUAGGAAUUUCUCCUGGAAAAGACUGCAAGUUUCAAAAAAUAAGAUAAGGUUUGCCAUAUUUUAAAUAACACAACACCAAAAUCAAACAAAAAAUUGAACAAUACCAACAAUUUUUUUGGUUCAUGAAAACAAACAAAAAAUUGAAUUAUUUGGUGAACGAAGAGGAUGUAACAAAUGCACACUACUACAUAUGUAUCAUAGGAAUUUAUAUCACAGGGAGUCACGUUGAUGAUGCUUUUUUAAUAUCUAAGUUGAAUUUGAAGCAUAUGUUCUCAUGAUUGUUAAAAAAUAAAAAAAUGUACGCAAAUAAUUUGCUAGUCAAAUAACAUAAAUGUAAAUUUCCAAUAUCCUGAAGGUACCAUAGCAAAGCGAAGUACCUCUCGGAUAGUUUUUUUACUGUAUAAAAACCAAACAGAGAAUGUAAAUAAAUGUAAAUGAAAGAUUUCUACAUUUCAA